CCCCUUCCUUGUCCUCCUCAUUUGGGUCUUCAGUUCUUCAAUUACAUGUGGUCUGUGGGUUUUUGUUGCACUUCGGGUGAUCGUGUGGAGUCUUCUCUUCGUACACGUUGAAGCUGAGUUCAUGGUUCAUUGGUCCUUGGCGAUCGACACAUGCCUUUGAAGGUCUCGUGGAGGACAGUUGUAGGAAUUUAGCAGGAGUGAGGUAGCGCAGGAGGAGGGGUUGGUAGUUUGGUGGUCGCUACAAUGCUGAGGCGGGUGGUGGAGAGUUCCACGAAGCGUUUGCUACGGCAGCGGAAUGGGGCGCUGGCACGGAGCCGAUCUCAGCAGCCGAAACGCGGUUUUGCGGUGGAUGCGAAGUCAUAUCCCAUAGUGGAUCAUACAUAUGACGCCAUUGUUGUUGGAGCGGGAGGGGCUGGUCUUAGAGCUGCUAUUGGGUUGUCCGAGACUGGAUUCACUACCGCUUGUAUCACGAAACUCUUCCCGACGAGGUCUCACACGGUUGCGGCACAGGGUGGUAUCAAUGCAGCCUUGGGAAACAUGACUGAAGAUGAUUGGAGGUGGCACAUGUAUGACACUGUAAAAGGAAGUGAUUGGCUAGGUGAUCAAGAUGCCAUUCAAUAUAUGUGCAGAGAAGCUCCGAAGGCAGUCAUUGAAUUAGAAAACUAUGGACUUCCGUUUUCGCGUACCGAAGAUGGCAAGAUAUAUCAGCGUGCUUUUGGUGGUCAAAGUUUGAACUUUGGCAAAGGUGGUCAAGCAUACCGAUGUGCAGCUGCAGCAGAUCGCACUGGACAUGCUAUGCUUCAUACCUUGUAUGGACAAGCCAUGAAGCACAACACUCAAUUUUUUGUUGAGUACUUUGCUCUUGAUCUGAUUAUGGAUGAACAAGGUGCUUGCAGAGGAGUGAUUGCAUUGAAUAUGGAAGAUGGCACUCUUCAUCGCUUCCGCGCAAUGAACACGAUUCUUGCUACUGGGGGCUAUGGACGUGCAUAUUUCUCUGCAACCUCUGCGCACACGUGCACUGGAGACGGCAAUGCUAUGGCUGCUCGCGCUGGCAUUCCUCUACAGGAUUUGGAGUUCGUUCAGUUUCACCCGACUGGAAUCUAUGGUGCUGGCUGUCUUAUUACUGAAGGGUCUAGGGGAGAAGGAGGUAUCUUGCGAAACAGUGAGGGAGAGAGGUUUAUGGAAAGAUAUGCACCAACUGCCAAGGAUUUGGCAUCACGAGAUGUUGUUUCACGAUCAAUGACCAUGGAAAUUCGUGAAGGACGUGGUGUUGGACCCGAGAAGGAUCACAUUUACCUUCACCUGAACCACUUGCCCCCCGAAGUGCUGAAAGAACGACUUCCUGGAAUUUCGGAAACUGCUGCUAUUUUUGCUGGUGUGGAUGUGACGAAGGAACCCAUUCCUGUUCUCCCAACAGUGCAUUAUAACAUGGGUGGUAUCCCCACUAAUUACCAUGGCGAAGUUUUGACAAAGAAAGGUGAUGAUCCAGAUUGCAUGAUUCCCGGGUUGAUGGCAGCUGGUGAGGCUGCAUGUGCUUCUGUGCAUGGAGCUAAUCGACUAGGAGCUAACUCACUUCUUGACAUUGUGAUUUUUGGGCGCGCUUGUGCAAACCGAGUGGCCGAAAUGUUCAAGCCUGGACAAAAGCAGCCUGAGCUUCCGAAAGACGCGGGAGAAAAGACAAUAGCAUGGUUGGACAAAUUGCGAUAUGCCAAUGGAGAUAUCCCAACAGCAAACAUUCGUAACAAAAUGCAGCGUGUCAUGCAAAAUAAUGCUGCCGUCUUCCGAACUCAAGAGACUUUAGAGGAGGGUUGCAAGCUUAUUGACGAAACCGUAGAUUCUCUCUCGCGUGUCAAAACCAACGACCGCAGUCUAACAUGGAACACUGACUUAAUUGAGACAAUUGAAUUGGAGAACCUUCUUAUCAAUGCAUCAGUCACCAUGCAUUCAGCAGAGGCUCGCAAGGAAAGCCGUGGGGCUCAUGCUCGUGAGGACUUUACUACACGAGACGACGAAAAGUGGAUGAAGCACACACUUGGGUAUUGGGAGAAUGACAGGGUAAGGUUGGAUUAUCGUCCAGUUCACAUGAACACAUUGGAUGAUGAGGUGGAAACUUUCCCACCUAAGGCUCGUGUGUAUUAAAGAACUUAUGUCCCGCUGUUUAGCAGUAGUAAAUGUGCAGAAUUCCAGCGUCUCCAGUGACCUUGAUUCCUUGGUUGUAAUCGGCAUCUGUUUUUAAACAGAGUGGGGCAAUCUCAAGGUGUCGCUUGCAUGUUAUCACGCAAACAGUACUCAAAUAACCUCCACGAUUAAUAAUGAUAUUCUUUUGGUCGUAGUAUCUUCUUACUACGCUGAUGAAUCCAUUA